GGUUCGGAGCGCCAAGGCCGCUUGACGCUCCAUCUGUGCCCCUCUCACCUUUGAGCCAGGAGGCAGGCUUCGUUGUGCGGUGUUCUGCCAGCACUAGUGUUAGUAAACACACACUCUUGGACACACGCGCGCACCACAGCACUCCACAAUGAUACGGCGGUUGGUGGUGCUCCUCUUGCUAGUGCACGCGUGCAUGGCUGUAAUUGUGAAUCCACGCACUGGAGAGGUCGGCAACAGGGAUUUCCUUAAAGGCAGGACCUUCGCACCAGCACGAGUCACGCCUGCCCCCAUUAACCCUCACGCCAAGCAGUACAAAGUCAAAGAGGAGCCCCAAGAGGCAACAACCCAGAGAGCCCCAGCUUUCUAUGUGGAUCCGCGUACAAAGCAGCUUUACAACUUCAAGUGGCUCGACAAGGAGCGUCUGGUACUGCCUACCAAGUGGAGUUCGAGCGUCAACUCGCUGGACCACUUGACCAGAGGUCGCGUAAAGCAACAGUAUCAGUACAUUUACUUCUACUACUAAACGAACAAAGGAAACAAAAUGAUCAUCUCAACUCCCAUCCAACUGAACACGACUCACAUUUUUGUGAUCAACUUGAUAUUAAGCAAUUUGUGUUAUCAUCCAACUGAGAAAACCAAAUCACACACACGCAUCCCAUUGUUACUUUUUAUAUUACUCUUGUAUAUUUAUAAUGUGUAAUCAACGUGUCCUGCGAGACUGAAAGAUUUAAAAACUUAUUCUUUAAAAGUAAAAUUAUCACUCUAUUUUCGAAAUAAAAUAUUUUAUUUUUCUUUCUCAUUAUACAAAA